AUGAGAGCUUCGCACAUCCUCGUCAAGCACCAGGGCUCCCGACGGACGGCUAGCUGGAAGGACGUCGACGGCGUUGUGAUCAAGACCCGGACCAAGGCCGAGGCGAUCAACAUGCUCAUGGACCUUAGGGCCAAGAUCUCGACCCAGGAAGACUUCGCUGAGAUAGCGCAGGAGCACUCCGACUGUGGCAGCGCCCGAGCCGGAGGCGACCUCGGGGAAUUCGGCGACGGCCAGAUGAUGCAGGUCGGGGGCUGA